ACAGCAGAACUCUAUUAUUUAUUUUUAAAAACCACAAGAUUUCUAUCCAAAUAUUAAAAAUGUUCAAAAUAAAACAAUUAUUACCUUUGUGCUCUAAUUGCUUUAAAAAAACCAAAUUCAAUUUUCAAAGAUUUGCUUCGCAUCAAAAAGAACCUACCACAAACACAGAUUACGACGACGGCCCCAUUAAAUUCUCAACGAGUCGUGCCAUUGCCUACAAAGCUAAAACAACCAGGACAGGCAUAGAAGCAGUGAGACUAUGGUACGAGCCUUACGUGCUCAUAUUAAGCGUUGGAGUUUUUCUUUUGUAUUUUUGCAUUCUACGGGAAGAAAACGAUAUCGACAAGGAUUUAAGUAGAAAUUUGUAUAGUAGGAUUGAGGGUCUCGAAGAGCUCCAAUUAAGGGCUUCACUGAAGUAUAAUUUGACUAACGGAUUAGAUGUUAUUGAUAUAAGGAAUAGAUUAGAGGAGAUUGAGGAAGAAAAAUUGAAAGUUGCUACAUCAAAAUGAAUAAAUUGUAUUUAGUAAAAAAUGGUUAUUUUCAAUACCCACUUAAGCCUAGUUUAUUCAGCUUCUGAUGGAUAAAAACUUAAUCUCUAAUCCUAUUGGUUGGCCAGUUAUCCGUUAAUCAAUAACAGUAUAGAUUGGUGAAUUUAUCUUGUAGACAGUGACUUCAACAUAAGAUUAGGAAUCAAAGUUUCAACAAUAAAUAAAAAAAAAACCAAGUAAAAAGUUUUUCUAUUCAAAAUAUACCUACAAAGACAAAUUGAAUUCUACAUACAUAUUUUAUUUACAAUUUCAUUGAACAUACAUUUGUUGCAAAAAAGUAGCAUCUCGUUAAGCCUUCCGUAAAGCAAAAUAAUUAAAACACUCGAGCAAACUCACAGAAAAAAAAAAAAGUUAUUUACUUACAAAAGGCUAAACUAUUAUUUAUUCACAAUCUGUACAGGUACAGGUAAAUUUAUCACCUUUACCUUUUGACUACAGAUUGUGAAUAGGAUAUAGAUGCAAUUUUUUUUUUACAGUCAAAACAAAUUUAAAAUAAAAAUUUAACCCUAUAAUUAUCACAAUAAUUAAUUUAAAAAAAUAAGGUAUUAAUUAUUCUUCAAUAAAUCUUAUACUAAAUCUAGUGUGUAUGACAAUGCAAAUAGAAUUUUUUUGCACAUACAAAAUAUAAUCCAAUUAUUUACAAUAAACUAAUAGUAUCAUUUAACAAAAGCUUCGGGAGGCACAGCACCUCGACUUUGCAAAUUAUCAAAAGUUGCGCAUGCUCGCAUAAAGUCCCAGUCAUUUCCUUCCAAAC